AUGGCUGAAAAUUUUUAUGACGAUGGGGUUGCUCCACAAAUUGUUAAUCCCAUCAUAUUGGCAGAUGAUCGAGCAAGGGCUAUAAGGGAGUAUGCAGCCCCCAUGUUUAAUGAGCUCAAUCCAGGCAUUGUGAGUGAUUCUUUCAACAUCCAAGGAGUGAGUGAAGAGGUGUUAAGGUUGAAGCUAUUCCCAUUCUCACUACGGGACCGAGCUAGAUCAUGGCUCAACACUUUGCCGCCUGAUUCUGUGACCAAUUGGAAUGACCUUGCUGAGAAGUUUCUGAGGAAAUACUUUCCUCCUACUAGAAAUGCAAAAUUCAGAACUUCUCGAAUGGUGUUAGAUGCAUCGGCCAAUGGUACUAUUUUGUCGAAGUCUUACAAUGAAGCAUUUGAGAUUUUGGAGACCAUUGCAAGUAACAACUAUCAAUGGUCCAACACUAGAGCUCCAACAAGUAGAAAAUUGGCGGGAGUCCUUGAGGUGGAUGCAAUAACAACUUUGACAGCUCAAAUGGCUUCGAUGACGAAUGUUUUGAAGAAUUUGAGUAUUGGGAACGCUAAAAAUAUUCAACCAGCUGCUGCCAUUCAAAGUGAUGAUGUCUCAUGUGUGUUUUGUGGAGAAGGGCAUGCGUUUGAGAAGUGUCCAUCUAAUCCGCAGUCCGUUUGUUACAUGGCAAAUCAGAAUUUUAAUAGAAACAAUGGGGCAUUCUCAAACUCUUACAAUCAAUCUUGGAAGAAUCAUCCUAAUUUUUCUUUAGGAGGUCAAGGAGCAAGCUCAAGUACCGCACCAGCCCAAGGAAGACAAGCAUAUCCACCGGGUUUUUCACAACAACCGCGACAUGCACAACAUGCUCAAAACUCCCAACCAAGCUCUUUGGAGAGUCUAAUGCGGGAUUAUAUGGCCAAAAAUGAUGCGGAGGAAAUAAAGGGUAGUGGGGAGCCCACUUCAAUCCAAAAUGACGAAAAAUUGAGUAAAAAAACUGCCCAGGAAAUUGCUGAUACCAGACCAGUUGAUACAGCAUCGGGUCAGCAACCUGACAGUCAGCAAUCCGCACCAGUAUGUACUAAACAACCCCUUCCAUUUCCUCAAAGAUUUCGGAAACAACAGCAAGAUGGGAAAUUCAAGAAGUUUUUAGAUGUGUUGAAGCAACUCCAUAUCAAUAUUCCCUUGGUGGAAGCAUUGGAGCAAAUGCCGAACUAUGUCAAGUUCUUAAAAGACAUUUUGACGAAGAAAAGGAGGUUGGGGGAGUUUGAAACUGUAGCUCUUACCGAAGGAUGCAGCACCAUGUUGAAAAGUAAGAUUCCACCGAAGUUGAAGGAUCUGGGUAGUUUUACAAUCCCUUGUUCCAUUGGGGGGCGGGAUGUUGGAAGAGCUUUAUGUGAUUUGGGUGCAAGCAUCAACCUCAUGCCUAUGUCGAUCUUUAAGAAGUUGGGUAUUGGUGAAGCACGUCCUACAACUGUUACAUUGCAACUUGCUGACAGGUCCAUGGCCCAUCCGGAAGGAAAAAUAGAAGAUGUUCUAGUACAGGUGGACAAGUUCAUUUUUCCAGCUGAUUUCAUCAUCCUAGACUAUGAAGCUGAUAGAGAUGUGCCUAUUAUCUUGGGUCGACUGUUCCUUGCUACCGGGAGAACUCUGAUUGAUGUGCAAAAUGGGGAGCUCACAAUGAGGAUGAAUGACCAAAAAGUCACCUUUAAUGUGUUCAAUGCUAUGAGAUUUCCGGAUGAGAUAGAAGUGUGCUCCCGCAUAAGUGUAAUUGACUCGAUAGUGGCUGAAAAAUUUCACAAGGAAGCUUGGAAGGAUGAGAAAUUUAUAAGUUCUUUUGAUGAGCUUGAAGACUUGAGUGAAGAUGAAGACAACCAAGUUGCUUGGGUGGAGCCAUUGCAACCUAUGCCUAACUUCAAGAAGCCCUUUGAAUCUUUGGAGUUGAAGGAAAGUAAUUUUAAGCCUCCAAAACCCUCCAUCCAAGAACCACCGAAGUUGGAGUUGAAACCCUUGCCAAGCCAUCUGAAGUAUGCCUAUUUGGGGGAGAAUGACACGCUACCAGUUAUUAUAGCAUCAAACUUGGUAGUUGAAGAUGAAGGUGCCUUGCUAGAGGUGUUGAAAAAGCAUAAAAAAAGCAAUCGGGUGGACUAUGGUGGACAUAAGGGGUAUUAG